AUGGAUUUUUAUAGCCGCUUAUACGAACAAGAUAUUAAAGAUGAAGAUUAUUCUCACGCUAUCAAAGUUUGGAAUACUUUCAAUAUUCGUACAUUAGGAGAAUAUUCCGAUUUAUAUUUAAAAACAGAUGUGCUUCUUCUAUCCGACGUAUUCGAAGCAUUUCGAACUACGUGUUUAAAUACUUAUCAACUUGAUCCCUUACAUUAUUAUACUGCACCAGGCUUAACAUUUGAUGCCAUGUUAAAAACGACAAAAAUUAAACUAGAACUCUUAACGGAUAUAGAUAAAGUCCUUUUUGUCGAGAGAGGUAUUAGAGGUGGAGUUUCCCAGUGUUCUAAUAGAUACGGUAAAGCCAAUAAUAAGUACAUGAAUAAAGACGAAUAUGAUCCUUCACAAGAUAGUACCUAUUUAAUGUAUUUUGAUGUUAAUAACCUUUACGGAGCGGCAAUGUCUCAAUGUUUACCGUAUGGGAAAUUUGAAUUUGUAGAAAAUUUCAAUAUUUCAGAUAUCUUAGAUACUUCUGAUAAUUCCACAACUGGUUAUAUUAUUGAAUGCGAUUUGGAUUAUCCAGUAGAUUUGCAUGAAAUACAUAGCGAUUUACCUUUAGCUCCAGAGCACAUGAUACCUCCCAUUUCAAGGUCUAAACUUAAAAAGUUGUUAUUGACUUUAUAUCCUAAGAAAAAUUAUAUUAUACAUUAUAGGAAUUUAAAAAUGUAUAUAAAAUUUGGUAUGAAAAUAAAAUGUGUACAUCGUGUUCUUAAAUUCGAACAGUCUGCGUGGUUAAAGGAAUAUAUAGACUUAAAUACAAGGCUUAGACAGCAAGCGAAGAACGAUUUUGAAAAAGAUUUUUUUAAAUUAAUGAUUAACGCUAUUUAUGGUAAAUGCAUGGAAAAUGUUCGAAAACAUAGGGAUAUUCGAUUGGUCAGUAAAUGGGAGGGACGAUGGGGAGUUCGUUCUCUUAUUUCUAAACCAAAUUUUCACAGUUCCGUUGUAUUUGAUGAUGAUUCAGCUAUCAUCGAAAUGAGUAAAUUAGAGGUGUUUUUAAAUAAACCAAUUUAUCUCGGUUUUUGUAUUUUAGAUAUUUCUAAAACUUUUCUCUAUGAAUUCCACUAUGGUUAUAUUAAGGAAACAUUUAACAAUAAUGCAAAGUUGCUUUACACCGACACUGACAGUCUAAUUUACGAAUUUCAUGUAGGUGAUAUAUACGAAUAUAUUAAGAAAGAUUCUUCGGUUUGA